UGUGAGGCUUUUCCUCAGCAGAGACUGUACCGGGGAUGACACCGGUACUCAUCUGGAGUCACCCAGCCUGCUCUAGCAUAGUCCUCUGAAGAGGAGGCUCCUCCUCUUAACACCCUGACCCUGGAGACACUUCACACCUCAGUGCUGUCCUCCUACUGACAGCAGUCUCCAGUGCUCCAGGAGCAACCAACCUACAUGAAGGAGUUAGCACCUUUUGGGAGAGGAUUUGAGGUGCUUCCUCUCACCUGUUUACAGAGCAAGGCAAAUCAUCUCAUGUGGUGCCAUGAGUCUUCUGCUGGAGACUGCUGCUCCUCCUGUUCCCUGGGGCCUGAACUCCACUUACCAGCCUGGCCUGUGGAGGGAACCUCUGUGCAAGUUGCUGGUGGGAAACAGCAAGGUCUAAAUUAAAUGGACUGAGAAGAAAGCAAGGUCAUUCACCAGUUAGCAUGAUCUAGGGUGUGUAUUUGUGCAGCACCCUUGCCUAGUGCUGCCAGCACACUGCCCUGCUUGGAGAGGCUUGGUCUUUAUACUGCUGCCCAUCCAGAGGAGUCCUGCAUCUUCUGAAAAGAACCACUUCCCUGAUGCUUCCUCAGGAGCAACAACAAUCUACUGUUUACCAUGAGGACAACACUAUGAGAAACCAGCCCAUCCUCCCUGGCAGAAGCUCAUGCCCUCUGUCAGUGAGGAAGAAGCUUGCAACCUGGCCUUGUCCCUAAGGCAGGGUGAGGAGCUGGAUCCAAAUGCAUCCUCGGCCUGCUUAGAGCUGUUCCUGUUUCAAGUAGAUGAAGCUCUCUGCCUCUAAUUCAUCAUGACAUAGUAGCUGGUCUCCUGCCCCAUCCUGCUGGAUAAGUUUCCUGCAUCCUCUUGGUCAAUCCACAUGUGACUCUGGGUGUUCCUCAGCUACCUAGUCUGGUGCAGCGACCUGGGAUGCCAUCAGGAGCUCGAAUGCCCCAUCAGGGGGCUCCCAUGGGUCCCCCAGGCCCUCCUUAUGUUGGCAGCCCCUCGGUGCGACCCGGAAUGCCCCAGACCGUGAUGGAAACAACAAGAAAACGCACAGCACCGCAGCAGGUCCAGCAGCAGCAGGUGCAGCAGCAGGUGCAGCAGCAGCAGCAAGCCACUCAGAACCGCACUAGGAGUGCCAAGAGGAGGAAGAUGGCUGACAAAAUUCUCCCUCAGAGGAUCCGGGAGCUGGUUCCUGAGUCCCAGGCCUACAUGGACCUGUUGGCCUUUGAACGCAAACUAGACCAGACCAUUAUGCGGAAGCGUGUGGAUAUUCAGGAAGCACUGAAGAGGCCGAUGAAGCAAAAGCGGAAACUGAGGCUCUACAUCUCCAACACCUUCAAUCCUGCCAAAUCCGACGCCGAUGAUUCUGAUGGCAGCAUUGCUUCCUGGGAGCUGAGAGUGGAGGGCAAGCUCCUGGAUGAUCUCAGCAAACAGAAAAGGAAAUUUUCAUCAUUUUUCAAGAGUUUGGUUAUUGAACUGGACAAAGAUCUUUAUGGACCUGACAACCACCUUGUGGAGUGGCACAGAACUCCCACAACCCAGGAAACAGAUGGCUUCCAGGUGAAAAGACCUGGUGACGUCAGUGUGCGGUGCACAUUGCUCCUCAUGUUGGACUACCAGCCUCCACAGUUCAAACUGGACCCACGAUUAGCUCGCUUGCUGGGGAUACACACACAGACCCGGUCAGCCAUCAUCCAGGCUCUCUGGCAGUACAUCAAAACAAAUAAGCUGCAAGACUCCCAUGACAAGGAAUACAUUAACUGUGACAAGUACUUCCAGCAGAUCUUUGACUGUCCACGACUAAAGUUCUCUGAAAUUCCUCAGAGACUCACUAACCUGCUGCUGCCACCAGACCCUAUAGUGAUAAACCAUAUAAUCAGUGUUGACCCCAACGAUCAGAAGAAGACGGCUUGUUAUGACAUAGAUGUAGAAGUUGAAGACCCAUUAAAGGGACAGAUGAGUAGUUUUCUCCUCUCCACAGCUAACCAACAGGAGAUUACAGCAUUGGACAACAAGAUUCAUGAGACAAUCGAAUCCAUAAAUCAGUUAAAAAUACAACGUGAUUUCAUGCUGAGUUUCUCCAAAGAUCCCAAAGGAUACAUCCAAGACCUUCUCCGGUCCCAAAGUAGGGAUCUUAAGGUGAUGACUGAUGUGGUUGGAAACCCGGAGGAAGAGCGCAGAGCUGAAUUUUAUCAUGAGCCAUGGUCUCAAGAGGCCGUGAGCAGAUAUUUCUACUGCAAGAUCCAGCAGCGCCGGCAGGAACUGGAACAAUCUCUGGGAGUGCGCAACACAUAAGCACUGCUCACAGGAUCCCGCUGGCAUCACGACCACCAAACCAGUGGACUUUUCAGUGUUACUUAGCUCACUGUUACACAUGGACCUGCUUCCUGACUGGAUGAGAGUAUACCAUCCACACACCAGUCAGAACACCAGCUUUUGAGUGACCUUUGGAACUCUUGCCCGCGGCGGGUGUCUCAAACCACUCCAGGCCAGAGACAGCAGCAUACAAGUGUCAGUGUUACAGAAGGUCAAAGGUUCAUUCAUCAACGCACAUCAUUAAGUUUUAGUGGAAAGUUCAGACACUACACAGCAAAUCCUAUUGGGCUAUGCACAGAAUCAUGGGUGGCAUUGGUUUGGGGGGAGGUUGAGUUAGGUGUUACAGGAGACUGUACAGAUGUAGAGAAAGAAAUGCAGUCCUCAUCUUAUGUUACCUGAGACUCUCAGAUAGUAACUUCUCUGGCGUUAGACAAGAUAGUCUUUCUUACUGCCAUGGAAGAGCUUUGUAUUCCUGAAUGCAGUUCUUAUUCCAGCUGGAGCAGUGCAAGAAGCCAUCUCACCAUGAGAAAGAACUAACUGGGAGCUCCUCUGGAAGAAAGAAAUCUAGUCAGGACAUCUCUUCUGCAAACUCUCAUUUUUUCUCUUCCCUUUGCCCCUGCACUAAUAGAAAGACUGAUUCCCCUGUCACUCCAUGGGUACAAUCAAUGUGCUUUCCCCGGGGAAAGAGCUUUUUAGGCAUCCUUAAUAUGGGUGGUAAUAGCAAAGCUGAGACUGAAACAAGAAAUGAGGCAUUCUGAGCAAAUGAAAAUAACUUAAUGGUGCUUUGGUGAUACCUGCCUCGAGCAUAGCAGGUAUGAACAAUAAGCAUAGAUGUAAAACAGGAGAUUUCUUAAGUGUUUCUCUGUGUGCCAGUAGGGGAUCAGCAAUGAGAUUUUUCCCUAGUUGUUAAGCUGGUGGAGAAUCCAAGAAGCUUAACUUCAGACAAUGUGGCAUUUUUCUCUUUGCUUCAGGAUGUUAAGAGAGUCCCUGGCUUAGUCUUACUUUUUGAUCAUAGGUAAAUUGCCUCAUACUAUGAAUUAUUUAGUUCCCCCAUACAUGGUACAUACUGGAUAUAGAGGAUGCUCUUGAGUUAUAAAGCACUAUCAGCCUUAAUUAGCACAGAGAGUGUAUCCCUUGGAAGCCACCUCUUGUGUAAAUGGGAGACAAAUUCAGACUAUAGGAACUUACUCCAUAUUCACUUGGAAGCAGGGACACCUUUGUUAAGUCCUUUUCCCCCCUCAUUUUUUUGUAGUGCAUAGAUUAGUUUGCAGUGUAUGGCCCAACAUGGUUUCCAGUCCAAAAAGCAGCUGCCAAAGUAUAACUCUGUCCAGAUGAUGUGGCACUCAAAAUCCUCUUCUAGGUUACUCCUUUUCAUCUCCUUUCUUUCACUUUCUUGGAAAGAGAAUCAGAUUCAAGUGUGGUGCAGAAGGGAGGCAGUUCUUCUGACUAAUGCAUUUUACUGUGGUCUCGUCCUUCUCUCUUGUGCUGUCUUUGCCAAUUUCUUAAUUGAACUCAAAAGGUUUCUUCUCUUCAGUCACAGGAGAGAUACUCUUCUGCCCCUUUAGCUAAUACCUCUUCUUUCACAUUAAUAGUGCCAUAGCUUUUACUCUGUCUGUUGUAUCCAGAGAUGUCUUGGAGAAUCCACAUUUGCUUGCAGUCACACGAUGGCAGCAGCACUGUCCUGCAAAACCAGGGCUGUGAGGAGCGUGGCUGUACCUCUCUGCCUGAGGCCUGCUACAGAAAGGGCUUUCUUUGGAACUUCCUUUGUGUUAAAACCUCUUUUGACAGUAAACCAUGAGAUCCUGCAGUCUUCAGCUGAGUAUAGGGAAGGGCUGUGAGGCUGCCAUUGAAAUCUUACUUCAGGACUCCACUUGGAGGACUACAAGCAAGCAUUAUGAGGGAAAACAGUGGGGGUCAUCUGCUACUGUGCUUCCAUAUUUAUUAUGCUGCUGUGUCAGUUGUGUGCAUGCUGUCCAGUGUAUAAAACUAUUUUCUGUGUGUGGUAAGCAGAGCAGCUACAGUCAGGGGACGCUUUCAGUCUUCAGGAAUAAGAAAUGCAGAGAAAGAUGAGCAAGGAUUUGAGAAGGGCAUGGGAUAGGGGUAGAUACCUGCAGGGUGCCUGCUAGGGAAUUCUCUUUCCUGAGAACUUUCUGACAGAAGUGGUAGAGAGAAAUUGCAGCUGUGCCACAGCUGGCAGUGGAACAGAGUCCAGCCUGCUUUUACAGUUGCUGUGUAGGAUUGAUUGGAUUGUCUGUUGCCAAGUCUUUCCCAGAGCAAACUAAUGAAACUAAUGCAGUGUUUCUGCUCAGGAGCAUCACUGGAAGGUGAUUUUGUGUCAAGCACCAGUGCUGUACUGAAGUGUGUGCACAUGCUUGAGUCAGUCCCUGUGGAUGGCACUGAAGAUGGCAAUCCACAGUGUAAAUUCUGACAUCCCCCUCUCCAUAUGCUUACUGUACAUACACAGAGCAGUCAGGCUGGGGGCUGAGAUUUCCAUGCUUCUCCCCUGUGUUCAGAAGGAGUUCAGGCCUUUCACUGAAGAGACAGUUGCAGGGGUGCAGCCAGCAGCUUGUUUGUUUGCAAAGAAAAAGGAAAGAUACGUUAUAUUUGAAGAUAAAUAGUGAAGCAGUACUGGGGGGAGCUGGACUGAAUGCUGCUUGAGCAUACAAAAACUAAAGGCAGUGGGACUGAACAGGGCUCUUCUUGUGGCAGGCUGUGAAUGAUAAAUUCAUUUGAAGUUCAGAGAGUGGUUCUCCUUUUGUGUGCAUAAAAGAUAA